GAUAAAAUUCACCUCCAGUUAACACAAGCAUUUGAUAAAGAAGAUCAGACUAUAAAAGAUGAAGCUGAAAAGGAAGAAUGCACAGAGAAACCAGAUAAAAUGCAUAAAAAAAUGUUGUCAAGAGAUUCCAGCCAAGAAUACACAGAUUCCACUGGAAUAGAUCUUCAUGAAUUUUUAGUAAAUACUUUGAAAAAUAAUCCCAGGGAUAGAAUGAUGUUGCUGAAGUUAGAACAAGAAAUUCUGGAUUUUAUCAGUAAUAACAAUAUUCAGUAUAGGAAGUUUCCUCCAAUGACCUCCUACCAUAGGAUGUUGUUGCACAGAGUGGCUGCAUACUUUGGCUUGGAUCACAAUGUUGACCAAACAGGAAAAGCUGUGAUCAUAAACAAAACUAGCAACACAAGAAUACCUGACCAGAAGUUUUGUGAACAUAUAAAAGAUGAUACAAGUGAUGAUUUUCAGAAGAGAUAUAUCUUAAAACGAGAUAACUCAAGUAUUGACAAAGAUGAUAACCAAAUACGUAUCAGAUUGCGGGAUGAUAGAAGAAGCAAAUCAAUAGAGGAGAGGGAAGAGGAAUAUCAGCGGGUCAGAGAUAGGAUAUUUUCUCAAGAUUUAUCAUUUUCCCAGGAUAAUUACUUUACAGAUAAAAGAGGAAAUAAGGAUGGAACUGGGAGAUCCUCCAACAGUCGUCAGAGCAGUACUGAAAAUGAGCUGAAGUGGUCAGAGCCACGUCCUUGGAGCAGUACAGAUUCAGAUAGUUCAAACCGCAACCUGAAACCAGCAAUGACAAAAGCUAGCAGUUUCAGUGGAAUUUCUGUACUGGCAAGAGGUGAUAGCUCUGGUAGCAGCAAAAGUACAGGCAGGCUUUCAAAAGCAGGUUCAGAGUCUUCUAGUAGUGUAGGGUCAUCCACGGGUUCCCUCUCUCGCACCCAUCAACCUCUUCCAGUCACAGCUAUGAGCCAGACUCAUGGUGUGCCAGCCGUCUAUUCAGCUGUCAACACUAGUAAUUCUCUUUCCUUUGAUGGUGGCAUGAGUGGGCAAGUGAUUCCUACUAGCACUAGCUUCUUUUUGCUUCCCUUGGAAGCUGCAGGCAUACCACCUGGCAGUAUUCUCGUGAACCCUCAAACAGGACAACCAUUCAUGAAUCCAGAUGGUACAGCAGUAGUGUAUAAUCCACCUCCAGCCCAGCAGACUGUAAGGAACUCUAUGGCUGGUUCUGCACAGCAACCACCACCUGUUCCACAACAGCAGCAAGUAGCAAAUCACAUCCUUUCUCAGCAAGAAAGUCUUGGGGCCCAGUUUAGCCAGAUGAGCCUUGGCCGUCAGCCAUCUGCUGAAGCCCCAGAUACCCACACUGCCAUAUUCCCAUCAUCUGUAGUGCUUCAGCCACAACAGCAGCCUGGAUUUAUUAUGGCGUCUCCAGGCCAGCCACUUCCUACAUCUAACUAUUCUGCCUCUGGUCCAUCAGUUAAUCAACAGGUGCUUCAACAGCAGGGAUACAUGCAGCAGCCUAUGCAGCAGCUGUCUAGUUGUUACUGUGCUCCAGGUCAGUACCCCCAUUCUAAUCAACAGUAUCGACCUGUAGCCCCUAUCCAUUACAACACUCAGCAGAACCAGCCAUUGUCACAAACUGCCCAGCAAACAGGCUUUCAAACAGUGAUGUCAAGUCAACAGCAGAGCUACCAGGGCUUGGUUAGUGUUCAGCCUCAAAAUCAAAAUGUUGUGAGUGGCCAACAUAGCAAUAUGGGCAAUCAGAUACAAAGCAUGAUGGUCCAGUAUCCUUCAAUGCAAUCCUAUCAGAUAUCAUUAACUCCAGGCUCUCAAGGAGUGGGUCAACAGUCUUAUCAUCAGCCAAUUCUAAUCCCAAGUCAUUCAAACCAAGGGCCUUUACCUUCUGCAGGAAUGCCAGUCUAUUACAGUGUUAUCCCACCAACUCAACAAAAUAGUAUGAGUUCAUCAGUAGGUUAUCUGCAGCCUCCAGGAACAGAUCAGAUGCAGUUCCCUCGGCCAUCUUCCCCAUGCAAUUCUCAACAACUGCAAAGCCAACAGUGUGCAGCUGUUGUGUCACCACAUGGCAGUGGAAUGCUUAUGAUGCAGCUUAGCAUACCCAACAACCCCCAUCCUCGUGCUCAUUCUCCACCCCAGUGGAAGCAAAAUAAGUAUUUCACCGUGGACCAGAGAGGACAUAAAUCUGCAGAAUUUAACAACCCAGAGAUUACCACGCAGAGCAGUCCACAGAUAGGUAGUCCUGCUGUAUCUCCAGCUCAAUCACCGGCACCACAACCAAUGACAACUAUUAAAAAUGUCCGCGCUGGACUAGGACCACUUCCAUUAAUGGCGCAGUUUCCUCAACCUGUGGUCCCUGGACAAGGAGAUGGGCGCUACCCUUUGCUUGGCCAGCCUUUGCAGUACAACGCUCCGAUCCGUCCUCUUCUACAUGGGCCUCACAUAGUCUCAACACAACAGAGUCAGAAUUUGAAUAGGCAUGGAGGAAGAGGAAAGAAACAAACGAGGAAAGCAGCAUCAACAGACCUUGGUGCAGGAGAACCUGUUGUCAGCAGAGUCCUGGAGGUAACUGACCUACCAGAGGGAAUUAGUCGUACAGAUGCUGAUAAACUCUUAAAUGAACUCUUUAAAGCUGGUGCCAAGAUUCGAUGGCUGCAAGACACUCAGCCACAUUGUAGUGGUGGUGGUAGUGGUGAUAGUAAUGCAAACACAGAACACUCAAAACCUUCCAGUGACUUGGCAUCCAUGUACACAAUCAUAGCGAUGUUUCCUUCAAAACUAGCUGCUCAGAAUGCAUUGUUGAAACAAAAUAACUCCAGCAAAUUCAAACUGAGAACAAGCAAGAAGCACUACGAUUUUCACAUUAUGGAAAGGGCUAGUUCUCAGUAGUAAGUGCUGCACUGGACCUGCAGUCUCCUCCACUGUUUUUCCCUCCUCGAUUGGGCCUAUAUAAUGGUUUCUGUUGACGUAUAGACUCCUGGAGCGUUGGUGUUUUAUGAUCUAACAAUUGAAGAAAACCAGUGAUCCAGCAAAAAAAAAGGCGAUGAGUUUCCUAAUUUAUGUUCACCGUUGUCACAACAAAGUAUCUGAGCAUAUCACAAAACAGCGUCUUUAUAUGGAGAAUGCUGUAGAACCACAGUACAAAUUUUAUAGCCUUUUUGUUUUAUAUCUGUGAAUCUUGUAUCCAAUCCAGAGCUCCAUUGUACAGCAACUCCUCUUCUGUCAAUACCAUCAGCCAAUAAUUACUCGCCUUAACAGUUUUUUACCCAGCAGGACCAGCAAAAUGUGAGUUCACGCUAUCAAAAAAAAAAUCAAAAAAUAAUUUGGAGAAGCCCAAAGUAGUGGGAACAAAGUGUUCCAUUAUCUAUCUUGGCUGGUCACUAGUGAUCUACAAAGAAGAAUGAGUGAAAAUAAUGCCUUUAGAUGCAGCCUGAAGAUUUUGCAGUUUUCCACUUAGCCCCUAAUAUCCUAUUUUUGGUCAACUUCAGACUCAAUUGGGCUCAUAAAAUUAUUUGUGUGGACAUUCUUUAUUUGUUGUUUUGAAGCCCCAGAUUGCAAUGUUUUUGUGUUAUUUCUUAAAUGCUGGACAUUUGUUAGAAAGUUUAAGUGUUUUAAGUUCACCCAAUAUUGAGGAUCAAUGGACAUGAACAUAAUUGUUGGAUUAUUGUCAUACAAACCUAUAAUUUCUUUUCGGUUGUGUGUAAACCUGCCAGGCUGUACAAUGUGUGCUGAUGCAAGUUCUCUGCCCCCUUCCCAUUUUUCAGUUCGAAAAAAAUAAAUGUUUACAAGUAUAUGAAAA